CGUUUGAACUCAUUGACUUUUGGCUGUAAAGAGACACCUUCCUAUACAGAUAUUGAUGGUUGCAAAUAGAGGAGGCAAGGUUACACGAAAGCCAACCUUACAACAUAACCUUGGAACUUCCGACGAACAUGUCAUUUGCUCAUCUCUUGGCUUGACAGCAUGCCCCUCCAUCAACGGAAGUCCGCUUGGUGUUACCCCCAGCUCGCGUGGGAACGUCAUCCUUUGAGAAGCUGUUGCGAAGCCAUCCGCCGAUUCAAUCCGAACAGCUAUGCAUGCCACCGACGUGGAACCAAUAAGGCUUUUCUACCAUUCGGAUCCUUUCAAUUGCGUUGGGUGGGACCACUCGCACUCCCGGGUUGCAUCCCCACGAAAACCAGGCUGGUGGGCUCGGGUGACAUAAGACGACCUUGCUCUGAUCCACGAGGCUGUGACCAUGACCCACAAGCGCGAGCAGGCUCAGCUGAGCCCGCGGCAUGGUGCCAAGUUUAGUUGUCAGAACGUUGUUGUUUCGUUCAAAAGUCAGAGCAAGCGCUCUCGACGAGGCGUUCUCUCGGACCAGGAUUCUGAGUUGGUUUGCAAAGCUCUCGCCAUCCUGAUAUUCCUCUCCGCGUGUCACCUCUGUCUGCUUGGGAAUAUUCCCGAGAAUAUUUACCCACUCACAACCGUAUUGGCCGACGCCGAUAAUCUAAAAGACCGAGCAUCGUCUCUCUUAGCGAAGAUGACAAACCCCAGGACCAUCUGCUACUGGGUAGCUAAGGCAACCCUACUCAGGUUUUCAUUGGCGGCCACAGAAAGAGCGACUGCUGUUGAUCGCGCCGUGACAGCUAUCAAGACGUUACAGACCUUCUACAAUGACUCAGACGGUUUAUGGGAGACGACUGGGUGGUGGAACAGCGGCAACUGCCUCACUGUGCUCGGAGACUUCCUCAAUCUGGCCGUUGAAAGCACAGGUGACUUGGGGUUGGAGGACGUGUUUGCCAACACUUUCACCAGAGCGCAACAGACCACUCAGACCGCAACCAAAACACUGGUUAAGGGCUCGAGCAGGCGUUUGUUCGAAUCAAGGUACAUUGCGUCUCCGGUCGUGGGUGAGUCCAGCCUCGCUUCCAGGGGCUUCAGUGGCUUCCUGAACAAUUAUUACGAUGAUGAAGGCUGGUGGGCCCUGGCUUGGGUCAGGGCAUUCGAUGUCACUGGGAAUGCGCAAUAUCUAGACAUGGCCGAAAGCAUUUUCGCGGAUAUGCAAGGUGGAGUGAAUGGUACUUGCGGAGGGGGUAUUUGGUGGAAUAAACAAAGGACAUACAAGAACGCAAUUGCUAAUGAGUUAUACCUUUCGGUUGCUGCUUCUCUCGCCAACCGUGCGGCCAAUAAAGACUCUUACUUGAGCAUCGCCCAGGACGAGUGGGAUUGGUUUAAAGGGAGCGGUAUGAUCAACGAUGAGAAUCUGAUCAAUGAUGGGCUCGAAAUAAACUCUGAUGGGUCUUGUUUCAACAACGGAGACACGGUCUGGUCUUAUAACCAGGGGGUAAUUCUGGGCGGUCUGGUCGAGCUCUCCAGAGCCACUGGGGACUCCGGAUACCUGUCCGAGGCUACUUUGAUUGCGGAGGCCGCAAUAGAGGCCCUUUCGGAAGACGGAAUCCUUCAUGAAAGCUGCGAGCCCAACGACUGCGGCGCUGAUGGCUCUCAGUUUAAGGGUAUAUUCGUUCGGAACUUGGGAUACCUCCAACUCGAAGCCCCAAAGGAUAGCUUCCGAGAAUUUAUUCUGGCCAACUCGGACUCGAUAUGGAACAACGACCGGAAUGGCAGCAACUACUUGGGUCUCAUAUGGUCGGGCCCAGCUUCUGCCGGCGGGUUCCCUAACGCUAGCACGCAAAGUUCGGCAUUGGACACGCUCGUAGCUGCGGUAGCUGUAUCAUAAGAAGCAGGAACACGUUUUGGACAGCGGACAUGGUUCAUGCGUAGUUUUUCGUAUAUGGGCAGGUUUCUGCAUUUAUGUUUAGAGGCAUGUCGUUUUGAACGUGACCCCAAGCAGGGGGCCUCGCCGAUUACGAGGCCGCAUCGGCACUUCAGAUUGAAUUAACGCUGUGGUCGACUCGUAUGCGAGGAGUAGAAGCUUUUACAUCUGAAAAUUAGGAGACAACCUAUCUCUAA